GCCAGAUGGUCGACACUGGGCUGCUGAACAAACCGCGUACGUUCACGGGCCUGCACUCAGAGUGGACGACGUGGUCGUUCGACUUCGAGGCCUACGCGUUUGCGGCCCACCCCCGAUUGGGGGAUCUAGUCAACCAAGCAUCGAGGACAGCCGACGUACUGACGGCGCAGACUGAGCUGGACGCCACGCAGAACACUCAGCUGUACUACAUUCUGGUCUCGGUGACCUCAGAUGUGGCCAAGGCCGAGGUCAGAAAGGCUCCGCGAGGCGACGGGCUCUCGGCAUGGUGGCAGCUGCUCAGGGAGUUCGCGCCAAAGGAGGCGAACCGCUUCGCGGCAAUGCUGGGUCGCAUCAGCCGGUGCGAAUUCGCCGGCCCCGCGAUGACGAACGCGGCGGAGUUUGAGCAGCUGGCGCGGGUGUGCACCGACCAGAGCGGCGACGUGAUUUCAGACAACAUGAAGCGCGGGGUGAUCAUGUCGGGCACCAAGAACGAGAAGCUGGCAGACCUCCUCAGCCUGAAUGCGUCGCGCUUAGAAACUCACGAGGAGCUGAAGCAGGAUCUGAAGACGAUCUGCUCAGCGCAGCGACGAUGGGCAGAGACAGGCGCCGGCGGCAACGGAGCGGCCCCCGUGCAGGCGAACGCGACUGGCAAGGGCAAAGUGGACCACAAUGGCAAAGGUAAGGGCAAGGACAGCAAAGACAAGUCCAAGGGCGACUCCAAGGGCAAGAAAGGCGACUCGAAGGACAAGGGCCGAGAGACCCGCAACUGCCACUACUGUGGGAAGGCACGCCAUCUCGCGGCGGAUUGCCGCGAGAAGAAGGCCGACGAGAAGAGGGCCAGGAAGGUUGCCGCGCUGACGGAGCUGCAGCAGCAGCAUCGUGGCCUGGCUUCUAUGAGCUCACCCGUCCACAUCGCGAACACCAACGUGGCCGACCGUGCCGACAUCCCAACGCCCGAGAAGUACCACUGGCAGGCGGGCAUGUUCUACGACAGGACGCAGUGCGACGCGCUGCCAGUGACGGUCGGCGACGCGGCGGAGUUCGACUGGGCGCUCUUCGACACUGGCUCAGGGCGCACCCUGCCCCCAGAAGUCAUGUCCAUGGGCACGACGAUCGUCGCGGCCGAGAGCGAAGGGGUACCCCUGCAGAUCGAGUUCCAGGGGCCUUACAUCCUGCUGACGGACGGCCGCGAGAUCAGGCUGCACAGGAGCGGGCAGACGUUCUGGCUCAUAAUCACGAGGAUCAACCUGACCAAGAGGGAGCUCAGCGUGAAGGAGUGCGACGGCAACUCGAGGAUGGAGCGGGAGUCUGGAGAGGCAGCAGCGGCCAGGGCGAGAGGGAUCCCAGCGAUGCCAGACCGAGCAAUCCGCGAUCAGCAUCGGCUCACUCACUGGCCCUUCCGCACUUGGCGCCAAUUCUGCAUCAUGGGCCGCGACCAGGAAGACCCGCACAAGCGCUUGGCUGACCCCGGCCGCUCGAUCCCGCUUGCCUGCAUCGACGACUUGUUCUUGGGGGACGUCGAGGGCGACCCGCUCGCAGUGCUAAACAUUCUGGAGCACCAGCCGGCGGCGAUCGAGAGCGCGCAGAUGACAACUAAGGGGCCUACAGACUACGCCGCGGCAGUGACGACAGCGGCGAUGCGCAUGUGGGGCCUCGACCGCGUUGUUCUCGGCGCCGAUGGUGAGCCCGCCAUCCAGGCGCUAGUCCGAGCCGCCCAGCUGGCUCGAGACGAGGAAACCGUUCCCCACAGUGGGCCCACGCGAGACCCCAAGAGCAAGGGAGCUAUCGAGAACGCCAACAAGAUGGCCGAGGGCAUGUUCCGCGCAUUGAGGGCGUCGGUCGGGUCUCGGUACAGCACCAAGCUCACGCUGAACCACUGGAUCAUGGGCUGGAUGCUUCGACGCUCGGGCUGGAUCCUGCCCCGGCACCCGGUCAAGGAGGAUGGCCUCACCUCCUACCAGCACUUGAAGGGUCGCGCCUGCGGAGGAGCUGUCUGCGAGUUCGGCGAGACGGUGGCGCGCAAGAUCCAGAACAUAUCCCACCACAAGGCUGAGAUCCGAUGGGGCAAAGCCAUCUGGGUCGGGAAGGGCAGCCGCACGGACGAGCACCUCUGGGCGACCGCUGCUGGCAGGAAGACGGCGAGGACCAUCAGUGGGCGCGUGGAGGACCAGCGUUGGUCCAAGAGCUUGUUCAACAAGGUCGAGUGCACGCCAUGGGGCACUCGCGCGGGACCAGAGGCAGCACCGCCUCAACCGCGCGGUCGCUACAUCACGAGGGCGAUCAUUGAUCGAGUGGGACCUACACCUGGCUGCGACGGCUGCCACGGACUCGGCCACCCACGCAUUGAAGCCUGCCGAGAGCGCAUCGAGGGCUGGAUGGAGGCCGAGUUGGAGAAGGAGACCCACAACUUGCUACAGGGGCCGCCCAAGGAGGACGACUCCGCAGACGGCGGCUGGAGGCGGACGCACCUUCGGAUCCCACGCAAGAAUGCCGCGGGGCUCCCGCAGCAGGACGGCAGGGAGCCCGGCAUGAUCGAGAUGGGCGUCAACGGCACCUUGGCGGAAGCGAAGCGGGGGCCGAAGCAGCAGGUUAUCGCAGGUCUGUUCGCGAACAUGGCGACAGCAGUUCUCGCGCUGACACGCGACGCCAUCCCCCGCGACAACGCGACGGACAUCAACAAGCAAGGCCUCUACGACCGCGAGGCAAGUUACCAGAGGCUGGGCCCCGCCUGGGCGAAGCGAGGCAGGGAGAAGGAGCACAGGCAGAUGGAGGAGUUUCAGGUUUUCGAUAGGGCGCCCAAGAAUCUAGCGAAGGGCAAGCGCGUCCGAGGGAACUGGGUCGACGACGAGCGCUUCGACGAGGACUGCAGGGAGUCGGUCAGAUCGCGUUUCGUGGACAUGCAGUUCGCCUGGGACGUGCGCGACGGCACGUUCGCAGGCACUCCACCACUGGCAGCAUUCAGGCUGGUGGUCUCCUUCGCCUCAAGCCGCUACUCCAUGGGGAUCGGCUACGACGGAAUGAUCGCGCUCCACGACGUGUCG